UUGAAGGUGGUUUAUGAGGACACUGCCUAUGUCCCCGUAAACCAAAAGUCUUAAAAAACAUACUAAAUGGUGUUUUUUUGAAAAUCUAAAAAUGCAGAAAGUUUCCUGUAAGGUGUAGGGUUGGUGUAGGACAAUAGCACAUACAGUAAGUACAGUAUAAAAACCAUUACGCCUAUGGUCCCCGUAAACCACAAAUAGCAGACUGUGUGUGUGUGUGUGUGUGUGUGUGUGAGUGAGUGAACGAGUAAGUGUGUGUGUGUGUGCUGUUCAGAUACCCCGCCCACUGUAGGUCACACCCACUGCCCCAAAAUGACAUAUAUAAGCCACACCCACUCAUCUAGUUUCUCAUUUAAGCCACACCCACCACCCCUCCUGCUCAGCCCCCUGUAUAAAUACUUUGAACUCAGUGACACACUCCCAGUGCUCUGAUCUGAUCUGUGUUUGCUGCUGCUGCUGAGGGUGUGUUGUGUGAUUGAGAGUGUGAUUGUUGGGUGAUUGAUGGCUGUUGCAGACGCAGGAUGCGCAGGAGCAGCGCUUACAUCCCAGUGUCCACUGCUGCCGCUCUGUUGGUCACUUCAUCCACGCUGUUCUUCGUCUUCACGUGUCCGUGGCUCGUGCUGAACGUGUCUCCUGUUUUCCCGCCAUGCGUCGGGAUCGUCUUCCUCUUCGUUAUUGCCAACUUCAUCAUGGCGACGUUCAUGGAUGCCGGCGUGUUCCCGAGGGCGAGCGAGGACGAGGACAAGGACGAGGACUUCCGUGCGCCGCUCUAUAAGAACGUGGAGGUGCGCGGCGUGCAGGUGCGCAUGAAGUGGUGCGCGUCGUGUCACUUCUAUCGGCCGCCGCGCUGCUCGCACUGUAGCGUCUGCGAUCACUGCGUGGAGGACUUUGACCAUCACUGUCCCUGGGUGAACAACUGCAUCGGGAGACGCAACUAUCGCUUCUUCUUCCUCUUCCUGCUGUCUCUGACUCUUCACAUGGUGGGCGUGUUUUCCGGAGGUCUGCUGUACGUUCUGGAUCAUCUGGAGGACCUGUGGGAACUGCAUGCCGCCGUCACGCUGGCGGUCAUGAGCGUUUCGGCUCUGUUCUUCAUUCCCGUCCUGGGUCUGUCGUGUUUUCAUCUGGUGCUGGUGGCGAGAGGACGCACCACAAACGAACAGGUGACGGGGAAGUUCCAGGGAGGAGUGAAUCCGUUCACACGCGGCUGCUGUCAGAACGUGCAGUUUGUGCUCUUCAGUCCCAUCACGCCGAGUUACACUGGGAAACUCAGUGACAGAUUGCCGCUUCGCAUUCAGCCUCCUUUCCAUCACCCAGAAUCCCACAAACUGAGCCCUGUGAAGAGCACCGACAGAAGCCAAAUACUCCCGGUUAAGUCUUUAGAGGAAAUAUAUGCUCCAGACAGCAAACAUCUGACCAGUCCGCCUCCACUGCCCCCUAAACCUGAUCCAGUCCUGCUGAAGAACCAUUUGGCAGCGUUGGAAGAGAGUUUGCUCCAGUCCAGAGCUCUAAUGCCUUCAGGACACAAUAUGAAUCCACUUAAAACUUCAGAGUCACCCACCAAAGUGCUCUACCAAGUUCCCAGAGAUCAGAUGGGGUCGAGGAUUUCCCCGCUGGUUCCCCAGGAACACACGUCUGAACCCAUCCUGCUGGCGUCCGAGAAUCACUCAAACACUCUGGCUCUGAACUCACGCUCGCUGAGUCUCAAACACUCCAGCCGCCGUGGAUCCCAGCACGCAGAAAUCCCCCAGAGUGUCCUCAGCGGCCGGAUGGGAAGCCUGUCCUACGAUAGCCUGCUGCGUCCGGCGGGUGUCCAGAUGGCAUUUUUACCCAUGGAUCGCGGCUCCGUUGAUGUGCAAUGGCUUCCGGCGCGCAACUGUAGCCCGGUGUUCAUGCAUAUCAACCGUGAGCCAUCGCCUGUUCGCUAUGACAGCCUCCCCAAACCACUCAUGAGCUCCAUCCAGGAGCGCCGCGAGCCGGACGACAGAGACAAAUCCGCUCCGGUGUCUCUCAGUUCGGACGAAAGAGAGCAAUCCGCUCCUGUGUCUUUUGGUUCGAACGAAAGAGAUAAAUCCGCUCCAGUGUCUCUCAAUUUGGACGAAAGAGAUAAAUCCGCUCCAGUGUCUCUCGGUUUGGAUGAAAGAGAUAAAUCCGCUCCGGUGUCUCUUGGAUCAGACGCCAGCAUCUACGACACUCCCAGCAGACGCAGCCUGGCAAAAGAUUUCCGCGGCCCGACUCCUCCGGCGUACGGCUCGAGGGAGUUCCUCCUGAGCAGCGCGGCGUAUGGAUACGGGAGCCGCUCGCAUCUGUCCUCCUCCUCGUCUUCCUCGCUCACCCGCGCGCCUCGGACCGCCAGCUCGCCGCUGCACUUUAACCGCUCUCUAUCGCCCUCUAUCUAUCAGUCUCUGGAUCGACAGUCACAGCUCCCUUCAUCCACAUUCCCUGCUCCGCUUCCCACCUCCUCCUACGGGCCGCAGAAAGCACUGGCUUACAUCAGAGGAGGAGAAAAACCCGACCCGGAACUAUGAGUCCUGUCUGUUUAGAGAUUUAACGGAAAACCUGGGAAUAUCAGGGGAUUUUAAAGGGAUGGUUCACCUAAAAACGA